AUGAGUGAAUUGUUUGAUUUUUUUGAAAAACACUCAUCAUACCACCGCAUAUACAAGAGACACAUGAGCAUAAAUAUUUGCGGUGGUAGUUUAUACUCAGGCAUUACCCGCUUGCUUGCGGUACAUACACGCACACAUCAGCACCACCGCAAAAUCUUUUGUGUUUUUGAAGAAAGCUGUUCCCUUGGUGAUAUUUCUCAUUUUUUUGCUCCAUCAGAUUUAAGUUAUUUUCAACAUCAUCAUCAUAUACCGCAUCAGCAAGCAAUACCUGUAGCCUUUCAACCAUCCUAUUCGGGAGUAUAUGGUCCACCACCGCAACCUGUUUAUCCUGGUAAUCCGGUGGGACCAUCGCAAGUGGCCACACCAGCUCCUGUGGCUCCAGUGGCCAGCAGCACCACAGAAUUUAGUUUACCCGAAAUUGUGGAUAAUCGUAGUGCCAAGGAUGAGAGACAGUUUAUACCAUUGAUUAAACAGUAUUUACCACCUAUGGAGGAGAGACCCAACUAUGAAAGUCCAGAGCAAGGAAAUCAAGAUAAAUAUCCCUUUAGUGGCUAUAACUACCAAAGACCCUCCACAACCCCCACUACAACAACCACUAGAAGACCCACAUCUAGACCAAUUGUGGUAGAAGAUUUACCACCACAAGUUUUACCUCCCAUUGCUCCCAUUAUACCAGCUUUUGAGAAUGAUGAAUUUGAUAAACCUACCUUCGUAUCACCAACACAAGGCUAUGACUACUCUAAACCAUCAACUCCAGCUCCAGUCUAUUUACCAGCAUCUACAGAUCAACAGACUCUGGUACAAAAUACAGAUCCAUCUAUACCCCCACUGCGUUUGCGGGUACAUGAAAUGCGUUGCCUUCAACAAACUCCAGGCGGAGGCUAUUUUCGUACGGUCUUGAAAGUGGAUAGUUUCAUUGGAGCCACACCUACUGUAGACAAUGAUUCUAGUGAUAAACGUUGCGAAUUAAAAUUGCAUAAAAGCUAUGUGGUUAUUGACUUAGCUGGAGAAGACUUUACCACAUGUGGCGUUCAACAAUGUGAGGAGGGUUUGUGUUUGCGUCUAAGAUUUCCAGCGAUACGAGGAAUGCGUACUGGAUCGGAUAAUAUAUUGACAUUGCAUUGCAAACCCCAGAGUCGAGUUGCAGUAAAGACACAUGCCCUGAAAAUGACAGUGGUCAAUGAAGUUCAAUCUCGCAGUCUCGGUACCUAUGCCAAAGGAGGUUCUCAAAAUGCAUUUCGUACCCAUGUUGAGUUAUUGAGAAAAACUCCACAAGGUUAUGCCCGCCAUGUGCAUGGCAAUGAGGCUGUACAAUUGGGAGAGGAUUUAUUGCUACGAGCUCAUGUGUUGGCUGGAGAUGGCUGGAACUUUACCAAACUCACCGAUGUCAGUCUGCAGAGAAUAUCACCCUCAGGCGAAAUGCUUAACAAUGUGAAUCUUGUAACAUCGCAGGGAUGCUUAAAUCCCUCCAUGAAGAGCAUAUGUUCUCAACCACCCUCCUAUGAUGCUCCACUUGGCUAUAAACUGCCCUUCAAAGCGGUUAUGUUUCAGGGCAUGCAUAGUGGCGAAGAAUUGCUGAUGACCAUGCGUAUAACAGGAUGUUUGGAUUCCCGAGAUUGCCAAGUGGCGGCAGAUCAAUGCUUUGCUCCCAAUGGCAAUUUAAUACGACGCAAACGGGAUACGUUGCCGACUGAACAAAAUCGAACUGAAAUAUCGGAAAUUUCUAAAAUCUCAUUUCGUGUCAUAAUGCCUGGCGAACAUGUACCUACAACUGCUGAUCUCCCCCAGGCAGAUCAGUCAAAAGCAUUUAUUCUCAUGGGUUCCAUUGGAUUUGUGGCUCUGUUGGUGGCUUUGGGUAUCUUCAGCAUAUUAAAAUUAAAAAAAUAA